AAGACUUGCUCGUAACUUUCUGAAUUCUGAUUUUUUUAAAAAAAACUUUUUCUUAACUUUCACUGAGGAAAUACAGGUUACUGUAGUCUGAUGUUUGCUCCCCAAGGUCACAAAAUAUGACAAGCAGCAGUUUUUCUUAUGCUCAAUGAUUUCUACCUUAACCCAAAGGACUGCCUAUAAUUUCACUAAGAAUGUCUUCUUAUUCCGAUACUGGGGAUAUACAAGAAUCUCUAAAGCGUGGAUUUACACCUAUUGGUGCUGGGCUUCCGGAGCGACACCGACCCCCCGUUCCCGCCCGCGGCCGCCUUGUCAUGCUGCCCAAAGUGGAGACGGAAGCCCUAGGACUGGCUCGAUCGCAUGGGGAACAGGGGCAGAUGCCGGAAAACAUGCAAGUGUCUCAGUUUAAAAUGGUGAAUUACUCCUAUGAUGAAGAUCUUGAAGAGCUUUGUCCCGUGUGUGGCGAUAAAGUGUCUGGGUACCAUUAUGGGCUCCUCACCUGUGAAAGCUGCAAGGGAUUUUUUAAGCGAACAGUCCAAAACAAUAAAAGGUAUACAUGUAUAGAAAACCAGAAUUGCCAAAUUGACAAAACCCAGAGAAAACGUUGUCCUUACUGUCGAUUUCAAAAAUGUCUGAGUGUUGGAAUGAAGCUAGAAGCGGUAAGGGCCGACCGAAUGCGUGGAGGCAGGAAUAAGUUUGGGCCAAUGUAUAAGAGAGACAGGGCUCUGAAGCAACAGAAAAAAGCCCUCAUCCGGGCCAAUGGACUUAAGCUAGAAGCCAUGUCUCAGGUGAUCCAAGCGAUGCCCUCUGACCUGAGCAUCUCUGCGAUUCAGAACAUCCACUCAGCCUCCAAAGGCCUACCUCUGAACCACGCUGCCUUGCCUCCCACAGACUACGACAGAAGUCCUUUUGUAACGUCCCCCAUUAGCAUGACAAUGCCACCUCAUGGCAGCCUGCAGGGUUACCAAACAUAUGGCCAUUUUCCUAGCCGGGCCAUCAAGUCCGAGUACCCAGACCCCUACACCAGCUCGCCUGAGUCGAUCAUGGGCUACUCCUAUAUGGAUGGUUACCAGACCAGCUCUCCAGCCAGCAUCCCACAUCUGAUACUGGAACUUUUAAAGUGCGAGCCAGAUGAGCCUCAAGUGCAAGCCAAAAUCAUGGCCUAUUUGCAGCAAGAGCAGGCGAACCGGAGCAAGCACGAAAAGCUGAGCACGUUCGGGCUCAUGUGCAAAAUGGCAGACCAAACCCUCUUCUCCAUCGUGGAGUGGGCGAGGAGUAGCAUCUUCUUCCGGGAACUGAAGGUUGAUGACCAAAUGAAGCUGCUUCAGAACUGCUGGAGCGAGCUCUUAAUCCUCGACCACAUUUACCGACAAGUGGUGCAUGGGAAGGAAGGCUCGAUCUUCCUGGUUACUGGGCAACAAGUGGACUAUUCUAUAAUCGCAUCACAAGCUGGCGCCACCCUCAACAACCUCAUGAGUCAUGCACAGGAGCUAGUGGCAAAACUUCGGUCCCUGCAGCUUGAUCAGCGAGAGUUUGUGUGUCUAAAGUUCUUGGUGCUCUUUAGUUUAGAUGUCAAAAACCUUGAGAACUUCCAGCUGGUCGAAGGUGUCCAGGAACAAGUCAACUCGGCCCUGCUGGACUAUACACUUUGCAACUACCCGCAGCAAGCAGAGAAAUUCGGGCAGCUACUACGUGGACUACCAGAAAUCCGAGCAAUUAGCAUGCAGGCUGAAGAAUACCUCUAUUACAAGCACCUGAAUGGAGAUGUCCCCUAUAAUAACCUUCUCAUCGAAAUGUUGCAUGCCAAAAGAGCUACUCUUCACUGAAAUUAAACCUGAAAAAUAUCACAUACUGCUAUGCUGUUCACCAGGUGGCUUACACCCUGAGAGUGGUUCGCAAGUCAGGCAACACAGUCAUAUCCAUACUGCUGGUGAAACCAUGGGCGGAAGCCGAUGAGCAGGACAGUGUGACAGCUGCCUGUGGCCCUUCAGAAAUUGGCCAGUGAAUUUUUCUGCUGUGAAUUGUUAAUCAGUUUGUAACCAGACAUUGGCCUAGCCAACUGCCUUAUCAAUACAGGACUUAUUAGUACAAGCAGACUCAAAUAUAAAGGUUUUUGGCUUAGUUUCGUUUACUAGAGCUGGUCUAUGUUGGUUAUCAGACAAUCUGUCAUGUCUGGAUAUUUAUAUUACAGAUCGCGCAAUGUUUAGAGUGUGAAGUCAGUUACGCAUUGACAUUUUCUUACUGUAUCAGUGAAAUACAUAUUGUCAUGUCAGUUCUUGCCAGAAAUUUCUCACCAAAAUGGAAUUUUUUUUUCAGUAUUUCAAUAAAUAUUGAUAUGCCCA